ACUGUGUAGUGUGUAUGUGCUCCGUACUCUGUGUUCAUUCGCGAAUCGACAAUAUAUAUGGUUACAACGAAAAGAGAUGUGCUUGCAUUACCGAGGUCGGGAAUGAAACUUUCCCGUCCCGUUUCGAAAACCUGUUUGAAUCAUGAUGGUUGAUCAAUACUAUGUUGUCGAGAAUAUGUACUUAUACCUGGACAUCCUCUGUAUUUCCUUUCUAUCAUAAUUCGCAGCAUCAGCAUCCAACAUGGUCUCAGCAACACAAAUCAUAACAAAUCUGAGAAAUGAACACCAAGUCUCGUAUAAAAUUGAGAGACAUCCUUCCGAUGCAGAAUUCAAACGUGCCAACAGGCUCAUUCCUCAUAUUCUCGAGGAAGAGGCACGUGAAAAUCCUCAAAGAAUCAUGGCAAUGGUGGCCAAGACAUCUGACAUAUCCGAGGGAUUCAACGAAGUCAAUGCUGGGCAGUUCUUGUGCGGCGUGGACUUCCUAGCUCAUUGGAUUGAUUCUUAUAAGUUGAAAUCUUCAUUGACUGAGACUUUCGCGUUUAUUGGAUCUCAAGAUUUUCGCUAUCCGAUCAUUGAGAUUGCUUGUAUGAAAACUGGAAACCCGCUGCUAUUACCAAGGGCUGGAAAUGCAUUAGCAAACACAGUUUCAUUGCUCAAGGCGACUAAAAGCACAAAGCUUUUCUACACAUCGCAAUAUUCAGAUCUUGCUGCACGAAUUUUGGAGGUGAUCCCAACUUUAGACAAGCACGAGAUACCGACGCUACAGGAGAUAAUAAACACAAAAAGCAAGCCUUACCCUUACACGAAAAACUGGGAUACACAUCAUAAUGAGCUCGCACUCAUUAUUCAUACGUCGGGUUCUACGGGUGCACCAAAGCCAAAGAAUUGCAGCCAUGGGUACAUCAGUGGUUUCAUCAACAGCAGUAUAUUGUUACCUGAUGUACCCGGACGAGCAAUUGCAGGCUUCAAGUUUGUAGAAAAAGACAAACUGCUCUUGAGUGGAUGUAGCUUCUCGCAUGCAUCUGGACUUGGCCUGGCAUUCUCAACGAUCGUCUUAGGUUCAACCUUGGUUCGUGGCCCACCGAACGAACUGUCUAGUGGGAGAAUACUCCAUGAUAUCAUGAAGACUCUUCCAAUUCAUGGACUCAUAGAGGUUCCAAGCGUUACAGAGCAAUUGUUCUUGAAUCAUAGCGAGGGCCUUGAAGAAGAAAUCGCGGCUUUGAAACAUAUUUGCUGGCUUGGGGGUCCACUUUCACAGAAAACAGGAGACUUCAUUAUCGACAAUACCGACGCAGUACUGUGGCAAAUUUUUGGGUCGACUGAAUCCGCCCAAUUGCCACUUCUUGUACCACCCAAAUCACAUUGGUCACAUCUCGAAUUUCACCCCCAAUUCUUACCGGAAUUCGAGCCAGUGAAUGAUGACUCUACGCUUUGCGAACUGAUUUUAAACAAGUAUGAUGAUCCAGCUCUUGCUUGGGCUCAACCUGUCUUUCAUAUGGCACCUGAUCAGACCCAGUGGAGGACCAGGGAUAUUCUGCGUCGCUACGAAGGUUCACUUCCCAAUGGGGUUGGUCCACUUUGGAAAUUCGAAAACCGAAUCGAUGAUCUUAUCAUCCUUUCCAAUGCAGCCAAAGUCAACCCUGUACAUAUUGAAACUCUACUACAAUCGCACCCGCUACUUAACGGCUGUCUUGUGUUUGGAACAGGUAGAACUCGGUGUGGAAUCUUGUUGGAACCGAAAGAAGAUUCGAAAUUGACGGAGGAAGAUUUAAUUGAAAAAGUAUGGCCGGACGUGCAAAAAGCUAAUGAUACGGUACCAGCACAUGCUCGAGUUGAGCGACAUUUGGUUUUCGUGGCGAAGAAGGAUAAGAGGUUUGAGAGAGCUGCUAAGGGAACUCUUGUUAGAUCCAUUUGUACAAACAUGUACAAAGCUGAGAUUGAUAGUGUAUACGCAGCGUUUGAGGCAAAGAACUACGGAUACAGUAAAGCUGAUCUCAAGUUGCGAAUUUAGAUCACUUUGAUUCUCUUUCUUUUCUUCGAAUAGGUAGCUUUAGGAAAUCGUAACGUAUGUUUGAUUAUUGAUAU